CUUUCCCGCCAUGUCGUUUGUGGGGAGCGGGAGGUAUGUAGGUCCGCGGAGCCGCCGGCUGGGCACCCCGGUCCCUCUCUCUCGGCCUUUGAAUUCCAUCUUCACUCAGGGGGAGAGUUGGGGUGAGGGAGAAGUCGACCUAGAGGAAGGAGCCGAUCAAGUGGCCCGCGACUUGAGGGCGGAGUUCUCGGCCGGGGUUUCGUCCGAGCCCAUAAGGGGCCGGUUGGUCCCGCCUGGCGGGGAUGCGUCGCCGGUCCUCCCGGACAAACGCAACGGCAUCUUCCCUGCGGCUGCGGGCAGCCGAAUCCCGUCUCGCGGGUGGCCCGUCCAGGUUCUCUCUAUUCUCUGUUCGCUGCUGUUCGCCGCCGUCCUCGCUUUCUUCCUGGCCAUCGCCUACCUGGUCGUUAAAGAGUUGCAUGCUGAAAAUUUGAAAACUGAAGAUGUAGAUACUGGGCUGUUAGGAUUCUGGACUCUCCUUAUAAUAUCCCUAACUGCUGGGUUCUCGUGUUGUAGCUUUUCUUGGACAGUGACGUAUUUUGAUUCUUUUGAACCGGGAAUGUUUCCUCCUACUCCUCUUUCACCUGCCAGGUUCAAACAGUUAGGACUGGAAUUGAUAAAUGAUCAGUUACAACAGAGGAAGAACAGUAUAUAUCUGCCCAAAGAACUCCACAGAAGAAUUCUGGAGCAGACCAAUGAACAAACAACUGAAACAACACAAGAACCUCCUAAGAAACAGGAAGACUAGCAAGAUGUCAAGUAUGUCAUACCAAAGAAGAUAGGAAACAAAACACAUGCUAUCAGUGUAAGCAAUACUUGUGUAUGGAACAUGCUGUUCUCAUCUGUGAAAACUGCCUUAGGUGUGAUAAUUGAAGUAAAGAUUAGUUUUGCGGUAGAAUUUAUUUGUAUUUUCAUUGUAGCUCACACGCUGUUACUUUUUAGAUUUAGUAAGCAAACAGUUGAUGUUGAAAAUGCUGAUGUUCUAAACACUCAUUACAUAUUAAAAACUUAAUAUUUUAUUUU